AUGUUUUCAGGAUUUGGUGGCUUUGGGGGAUUCAAUGCCGGGUUCGUCAACAUCCCGCAGAAGUUUGAGGAUUUCUUUAGAUGCUACCCUAUUUCAAUGAUGAACGACCGAAUUAGAAAGGACGACGCCAACUUUGGCGGAAAAAUAUUCCUACCUCCCAGUGCUCUCAAUAAGCUGACAAUGUUAAAUGUUAGAUACCCAAUGUUGUUUGAGCUGACAGUCCCAGACACCAAAAAAGUCACACACGGGGGCGUUUUAGAGUUUAUUGCAGAAGAGGGGAGAGUAUAUUUGCCACAGUGGAUGAUGGAAACUCUUGGAGUGAAUCCGGGGUCUUUACUCCAGAUUGCUUCCACUGAUGUUCCAUUAGGUCAGUUUGUGAAAAUCGAACCGCAGUCGGUCGAUUUUCUAGACAUAUCAGACCCUAAGGCUGUGUUGGAAAACGUACUUCGCAAGUUUUCUACGCUCACAGUUGAUGACAUUAUAGAAAUAAAUUACAACAGCAAACUGUACCGCAUAAAAGUGCUCGAGGUGAAACCUGAGUCAUCUUCCAAUAGUAUCUGUGUCAUCGAAACUGAUUUGGUGACUGACUUUGCACCUCCCGUCGGCUAUGUCGAGCCCGACUAUCGCACGGAGCAUCGAAAAAGCCAAAAGCCUAAAUUAGAUCCCUCAGCUCAAGGUCUAGGUCCCAUGUCGCAAAGAAUCGACUACGCAACUUCUGUCAAAUCUACCAGCACUACCAGAGCGUUUGUGGGGACGGGUCAAAGCUUGUCCGGUAGGACUGCUAAUAAAAGUGAAGAAAGAGAGUUGGAACGCCCCAUGAUAUCCUUAGACAACGAACCAGCUCCUUUGAGGCUCCCUGAGGGUCAACUUUUUUUUGGAUUUCCCGUGGUUUUACCAAAGAAGGCAUCCGACUCGCAAGACGAGAACACUGAAGAAAGCCAAUUUCAAGGUGCUGGCCAGAGCUUGAGGCAAAGCAACAAGAGGCGAGGAAAAAAGGAUCACUCAAGUCCUCGACCUAAGGCUCCAAAAAGCCCCGAAGUAAUUGAAAUAGAUUAA